AUGUACACUGCUUUGGUGAUGACGGAGCUGAUUGGCCAGCAGGAGCACAUGGCCUCAGCGAUGACUGUGGCAGCAGUCCUGCCUCAGUACCUGACAGGCCAGAAGCACAGGCGUGGCUUUGAGCUGAGCCUCAGCUGUGGCACAGAGAACAGACUGGCCAUGGUGAAACCAGUCAGCAAGAGCCAACGACAUCAUGUGUACGAUGGUCCCACUUCAGAGCAGAGACCUGCUGGCAUAGAUAACAGGCGGCAAUUCCCGAAAGCCCAGUGGGACCAAAUGACCAACGGCAGCUCCUUCAACGAGUUCCUCCUCCGGGCAUUUGCAGACAAAUGGGAGCUGCAGCUCUUGCACUUCUCACUCUUCCUGGGCAUCUACCUGGCUGCCCUCCUGGGCAACGGCCUCAUCAUCACAGCCGUAGCCUGCGACCACCACCUCCACACCCCCAUGUACUUCUUCCUUCUCAACCUCUCCCUCCUCGACCUGGGCUCCAUCUCCACCACUGUCCCCAAAUCCAUGUCCAAUUCCCUGUGGGACACCAGGACCAUUUCCUACUCAGCAUGUGCUGCCCAGAUAUUUUUAUUUGUCUUUUUCAUGUCAGCUGAGUAUUCUCUCCUCACAGUCAUGGCCUACGACCGCUAUGUUGCCAUCUGCAAACCCCUGCACUACGGGACCAUCAUGGACAGCAGAGCCUGCGUGAAAAUGGCAGCAGCUGCCUGGGGCACUGGUUUUCUCUAUGCUCUCCUACAUACUGCUACCACAUUUUCAAUACCACUCUGUCAAGGCAAUGCUGUGGACCAGUUCUUCUGUGAAAUCCCCCAGAUCCUCAAGCUCUCCUGCUCAGACGCCUACCUCAGGGAAACUGGGCUUCUUGUGGUUAGUGCCUGUUUAUUCUUUGGGUGUUUCGUUUUCAUUGUGCUGUCCUACGUGCAGAUCUUCACUGCUGUGCUGAGGGUCCCCUCUGAGCAGGGCCAGCACAAAGCCUUUUCCAUGUGCCUCCCGCACCUGGCCAUGGUCUCCCUGUUUGUCAGCACCGGCACGUUUGCCUGCCUGAAGCCCCCCUCCAUCUCCUCCCCAGUUCUGGAUCUGGUGGUGGCUGUUCUGUACUCGGUGGUGCCUCCAGUAGUGAACCCCCUCAUCUACAGCAUGAGGAACAAGGAGCUCAAGGAGGCACUGAGGAAAGUGAUCCAACAGAUCUUCACUGCUGUGCUGAGGAUCCCCUCUGAGCAGGGCCGGCACAAAGCCUUUUCCAUGUGCCUCUCGCACCUGGUCGUGGUCUCCCUGUGUCUCAGCACUGGCACAUUUGCACACCUGAAGCCCCCCUCCAUCUGCUCCCCAGCUCUGCAUCUGGUGUUGGCUGUUCUGUACUCGGUGGUGCCUCCAGCAGUGAACCCCCUCAUCUACAGCAUGAGGAACAAGGAGCUGAAGGAGGCCCUGAGGAAACUAAUUCAACUGGUACUAGUUCAGCAGAAAUAA